GGUACUGAUUUAAAUAAGUCAUUCACGAGAAAGUUGUCAAGCGAAUUUCUGAGAAAUCAGAAUUUUCGACGGCACAUCACUAACUGCGCAGGAUCGCUGAUGUCAUUUGUCAUUGUCUGUCAGUGUCAUCAAGGAUUUAGGGACUUCGGUCGGUCGGUGUAUGAGUUUCUCGGCGAAGGAAGACGAAAUGAAAAUAAAACAGAUUUACAGAACAAUUUCUCUUUUUUCUACAAGUCAAUGAUUUUUUAGUUGUGGAUCAAGUUUACAAAACAAUACAUUCAGUGUAAAAAUCAUCAAUUGCGCGACGCAAGAACUAGAUAUUCACGAUUAGUUUGUAACAGAAGGUUGCCUGGGCAACUACAUUGGCGAAAUCGAUUCGGCGAACCAGACUUUUUGCAAAUUUCCCGAGUUAAUUAAAACAGGAUGGGUCGAAAAGUGACCGUGGCAGUAUGCACGCUGAACCAAUGGGCGCUGGACUUCGAAGGGAACCUGAACAGGAUCCUGCAGUCCAUACAGGAGGCCAAGGAGAUGGGCGCCAUGUACCGCACCGGGCCGGAGUUAGAGAUAUGUGGAUACAGCUGCGAAGACCAUUUCCACGAGCCAGAUACCUAUCUCCACAGUUGGCAAGUCCUCGCCGAUCUCCUAAAAUCACCGACAUGCAAGGACAUGCUUAUUGAUGUCGGUAUGCCGGUGCAGCAUAGGAACGUGUCUUAUAACUGCCGUAUUGCUUUUCUGAAUAAAAAGAUCCUGUUGAUCAGACCAAAGAUGAUUUUGUGUGAAGACGGAAACUAUAGAGAGAGCAGGUGGUUUUCUUGUUGGACCAAAGAUCGCCAGGUGGAGGAUUACUUUCUGCCGCGCAUGAUAACGGCUAUCACCGAGCAAACAGUGGUGCCGAUUGGUGACGCUGUGAUAUCCACUAGAGAUACGUGCAUAGGAUUCGAAAUAUGCGAGGAGUUGUGGAAUCCUCAGAGCCGGCACAUCCCACUAGGAUUAGACGGAGUAGAAAUUAUAUCAAACGGUUCCGGUAGUUACAUGGAGUUACGAAAAGCAUACGUCACCGUGGACUUGGUCAAAAGCGCAACUUUCAAGAGCGGCGGUGCGUAUUUAUUCAGCAAUCUCAGAGGGUGCGACGGACAGAGGGUGUACUUCAAUGGAUGUUCCUGCGUCGCUGUCAAUGGGGAAAUUGUUAAUAGGGGGUUGCAGUUUGCGUUGCAUGAUGUCGAAGUGAUACCGGCCACCAUAGAUUUAGAAGAGAUACGCGCGUACCGAACCCAAAUACGUUCGCGCUCGCACUUGGCCGCCUCGAACAAACCAUUCCCCAGGAUCACUGUGGACUUCGCGUUGUCUGACGAUGAUGAUGUGCACCUUGUGGCCAAUUCGCCCAUUGAGUGGAAAUACCUCACGCCUGAAGAGGAGAUCGAAUUAGGUCCAGCGUGUUGGCUUUGGGACUACCUCCGAAGGUCAGGUCAGGGCGGGUUCUUCCUCCCUCUGAGCGGAGGAGUGGACUCGACCAGUACCGCGUGCAUCGUGUUCUCCAUGUGCACGCAGAUCUGCGAGGCUAUACAGAAGGGAGAAAGCCAAGUUUUGUAUGACGUCCGCAAGAUCCUGUGCCAGUCAGACUACACGCCUUCAGACCCCAUGGAGUUAUGUAACAGACUGCUAGUUACGUGCUACAUGGCGUCUGAGAACUCCAGCCAGGAAACUAAGCAGAGGGCUUUACAGCUAGCAAGCGAAAUAGGGAGCUACCAUUUCCCCAUAGUGAUCGACGCGGCGGUGAGCUCAGUGAUUGGUAUAUUCACCGCGGCCACUGGUCUCGUACCGAAGUUUAGGAGUCAGGGCGGUUGCGCUAGACAGAAUCUGGCGUUGCAGAAUAUACAGGCGCGUCUACGCAUGGUGCUAUCAUACUUAUUCGCACAAUUGAUGCUCUGGGCCCGAGGAAGACCGGGCGGUCUGCUAGUAUUAGGGUCGGCGAAUGUGGACGAGGCGUUGCGAGGGUAUAUGACCAAAUAUGACUGCUCCAGUGCCGAUAUCAACCCUAUUGGAGGCAUAUCUAAGACUGAUUUGAAGGCGUUCUUACAGUAUGCCAAGAGUCGAUUCUUCCUACCCUCACUCCUAGAAAUCCUGCAAGCGCCGCCUACCGCAGAACUAGAGCCGCUGUCGGACGGUCAGAUCACACAGACAGACGAACAAGACAUGGGCAUGACGUACGCGGAGCUGGCGCAGUUCGGACGGCUGCGGCGCGCGCUGGCGUGCGGGCCCUACUCCAUGUACUGCAAGCUGGUACACGAGUGGAGCGGCCGCUGCUCACCGCAGCAGGUAGCAGAGAAAGUGAAGCAUUUCUUCCGUUGCUACGCGAUCAACAGACACAAGAUGACGGUGCUGACUCCAUCGUACCACGCGGAGAGCUACAGCCCGGACGACAACCGCUUCGACCACCGUCCCUUCCUGUACCGCGUGCAUUGGAACUGGCAGUUCAGGGCUAUCGACAAUGCCGUAGCAUUAAUGACGAAAGAUAAGAGGGGAUCGAGCCACGUCACAGAUCGUCCAGCCAAUCAAGACAGUGGUAAAUCGUCUAGCAAUAGUUCACCCGCACUCGGUGGCAACGCACCUUUUAAUUUGCGAAGUGGCGACCGAAAAGCCGUCCUUAUUUAGUACAGUCAACAGCACGUCAAGCUACCGAAAUUCAUUGCAAAUCCACCUCUAUUACCGCGGCAUAAAGGCCAAGGCUGGAUGUUAACUUAAUAUGCUGUCGACUGUACAUAUUCGAUAGACUUUAUGUUUUGCUAAAUAAGUUCAGAACUUAUUUAGUUUUGUACGAAUUUAUAAAAUCGCCAUUUACCUCAAAGAUAAGUAGAUAACAAAUUAGUUUAGAAAUGCUUUGACGCCACAAUUAUUUUUAAGAAAAUCGUGAAUACGUAAUAUUUUUUAUAUAUUUUAUUUUGCUGUGUUUCCAUUUUGAGCGGGUCUGGAGUAUGUGAAGGCUAGUACACUCGAAUUGGAAAUUUACAUUUUGUAUAUUUUCAAUAUACUAUUUCCUUUAUUCUUUCCUUUGGCUGUUCGUGGUCCUCAACUUGAGUCUCGGGCCGCAACAUACACCCUGACUUUCAUUUCUCGGUUAUUUACCGAGUGUGCUAUUAUUUAGUCAGUAGAUGUGUCUUGUCUACCUUUAAAAAUGAAAAUGAGUCUGUAAAUGCCAAUUGAUCAUAUAAUUCGAGUACGCUAAACUUCUUGGGUUAUGAACGCUUAGUGCUCAGUUUAAUGGUGUUGUCAUCACAUCUGGGAUUUAAAGAAAUGUGAUAUCUUAUGGAUGGUUUUUUUGUACUUGUUUUUUAUUUUUGAUCUGGAUAGUCUUUCAGCGGAGAAAAUCUGUGGAGGACAGAGGGGGAGGCCUUUGCCCAUUAGUGGGACACGUAAACAAGUUAUAUAAAAUAAAAGUUUUUCAUUAUAUUUACUUACUGAAAUUCGAUAAGGUUCCUUUAUCCAUGGAUCGUCAUAGAUAUCCAUAAAAUAAAUGUAAAGUUGAUAACCGAGUGUUUCUAUGAGAGAGUAUGAUAAUACUGUAAGUUAAUGCAUGGUGCUAGGGCUGUGCCUGUGUAUAGUGUGAUUUGCAAAACAUGUCUAUAUUAAGAGAUUUAUUAACAUAAAAAUUCGCACAGACUUAUACAAUAUUAUAAUAGAGUUGCUUGUAAAACAUGAUGAGACGAGCCUCUCUUUUAAGGUUAUGAAGAAAUUGUUGACCCAAGGCUUCGCGGCGUCUCAGUCCCGAACGAAACUGGGAGUAGAAAAUGAGAGAGAAAUAGAGUUCCUCGGUGAUAGUAACCCUGUAAAUUAGAUGUGAAAAACAAUAGCAGUUUCUAAUACACAGUAGUAAACAUUUUGGGGUAAAGAUAAAACACUUUUCUAUAGUAAAUUUAGAACAAAAAAUUCCGUCAUUUCAAUGUUCUUGUCUUAUGUUAUUGGACAUCAAAUGAGCAAACUGCAACAUUUUUGUGCUUUGAUUAUCGUUUACCAAAUAAGCUUUCUUUAUUUUCUGAUACUACCAUUUUGAAGGUGCUUCCACGCAGCAGUUACGUAAUGUUCUCUAUUUAUUUUUACUUUUGAUUAUAAUUUGUUAAAAGAAAGAGACAAAACAUUUCUAUCAUGUAACCGCUGACACUGUCGUCGCGCCUUUAAUGCUUUUCACACAUAUUUCAAUAUCAUAGUUCGGACAUUAUGUAAAUGUGUACAUCGAUUUUUAUUAUAUUUAAAAGUUAAUAAAUAAGUCUGUGUGUUUAAUGAAUUCCAAUUGUUUCAUCAUUUUUAUAAUUCUAUUUUUUCUCCUAUUUAUUUUUUGUAUACUGAAUUACUUCAUUUAUUCUUCUGUUUCUAGUAAGGUCAGGAUAAGGGGGUCGGACGAGAGGACAAAGUUCGACUUCCCUUGUUAUUACUUGGAAUCUAUAAAAUUAGGCUAGAUUAAUUCCGAGUGAUACUCGUAGCACUCCUUCUAACAGUUCCUAUUCCCGCGUCUGACCACACCUGACCUUAUAUAUAACUUCUGGCUAUUGUAUUUUCUCGUGACACUUGCUCACUUUGGUUUGGAUUUUUUAAUGCCUUGUUUUGUUUUUUACCUGUGGUGACCUAAUUAGCUUUCUGUUCAUACCCUCAUUUCUAUAUCCUUGUUACCUAGCUGUAAGUCUUCCUAGAUAGUAAUAAAUAAAUAAAAAUUAUCAACAAUUUUCUACAUAUAUUAUUGCCAUGUAUAUGUAAAUAAAUGUGCCAUUUUGUCUAACGUGGAACGAACAAUUUUUCACCAAUAUUUUUAUUUUCUAUGGUACGAUGUUUUAUAAUUUUAUAAGACACAUAACUUCUAUACAUGAACUGAAAAGAGUUUUAAAUAAAUUGAAUUUGUUAUUUCA